AUGAGUCAGCAGGGUUAUGUCGCCACGCCUCCGUACUCCCAGGCCCAGCCUGGGAUGGGGGGCUACCCAGCUGGGUUUGGGAGUUCGCCUGCCCAGCCUCUCUAUGGACACUAUGGGGGACAACCUCAGUCAUUCCCCACCCCACCGACAGGUAAAGCUGCAUUCCUUUGGUCUCAUUCCUCCUGUGAAGUCUUCUGUUUAGCUUUUCGUCUAAUAGGUCUGAUCUUGUCUUUGGGAAGUGUGCAAUUCUUUAUUAGUCCAGGAGCAAUUGUUCGUUCAUGAUUCAAGCGAUGCAGCUUCAAUUGAAAUGACAACAUUUAAGCCUAGGGAUAUGUGUUUCUGUGCACGGCCAUGAUAUCACCUCGUUAUGUAGACGGUUUGCCGGUGUGUACUGUACUGUGUAUGUAAUGUGUGACCGCAAGAGGAUGCUUUGUGGAUAGCAAUGCUAUUGCCAUAGCAUUUAGAUUAGACAUUUUGCUCAGGUGCAUACUUUGUAUAUAUUGUGUGACCAUAAGAGGAUUCUUUACCUUCCAGGUGUGAUGAAGCCUGUAUCGUCCCCCUCCGGCAUGCCUCCACCGCAGGUCUCCAGCCAGUAUGGCUCAAAUGUUCAGCAGAAUGGAGCUAACCCUCAAAGGUAACAGAGCCUACUCCACCGAACAGAGUCCAUUUACCACAAUAACAUUCUAAUGGUCCAAUUCUACCCUUCUCCCUGAAUUAUGCACUUGAUCUAUUCACCUCAUGGAAUUUAAUUAAAUGUAAAAGGAAUGGACUGGUGUAAUACAUAUGAUAGAAACACCCUCUAGCCCAUGUUAACACCAAGUCAUUGCUUUCAAACCCAUGAGUGGGAGGGAGCAAGUGCACACUUCGGGUUAAAGAAUUGGAAGGCAACUAUGGCUGCAUCCCAAUACUCUUAGUGCAUUCCUUCUUCCAUUUUCUUCAAGUCCACUUAUAGGUAAAUGGACUGAAUUGUUGUUGUUUUUUACUUCUGAGAAGAAGCAAGGGAAGGAAGCUAAUUGAUACUGUUGGAACAGACAAAAUAUUUAGCUCUUUGUUUACUGUCCUCCAGGUACCCUGCCCCUCCUUCUGCUGCUGCCCCUCCGUAUGGACAACCCCCUCAUUCCCAGUACCACAGCAUGGCCCCCCAGGCCCCAGCCCCAGCACAGCAGCUCACCAAUCAGAUGGGUUCCAUGAACCUCGGAUAUGGUAAAUAAUCACUGUUUGUAGAACUCGAGUGUUGUAUUGGGAAUGGUUAGGGGGGGUGGCAUCCACUUCAGCAAGUAAAGAUUCAAACCAACUCCCAAACAAGUUAAAAAAGCAAACAGCCAAGUAAACAGUAGAACAGAAGCUUUUGGGUAGAUCUACUAUUCUUACUAGUGUUAUGGAUUCUUACUAGUGUUAGUCUAUAUAUUUAUGGCUUUGUCAACUUCGGUAAACUAGCAUGCAGUAUGUUAUUGUUAGGCUUCAUUCAUGCAGUGUGUUGAAAGUUGUUCACCCUCCCCCUGCAUUUCCUGCAGGUCCAGGGCCCAUGCAGAUCCCUCAGGCACCCCCCACCUCUCCCCCAGUCCAGCAGCCAUUCCAGACCUCACCUCCUCCAACCAUGGGACACUCAACCCUGGGCCCCCAUUCACCUCAGAUGGCUCCCCCACAGUUGCCCCUAGCUGGCCCAUCUAUGGGUGGCCCCCCACCCAUGGGAGGCACGGGUAGGCCCUUCCCAGGCCCACCCCCUCCAGGCGCUGGGGGCUUCCAGCAACCUGGUCCUGGAGCAGCUGGACCACCAGGAUACCCUCAGCAACCACAAGGUACAGAAAGCGCAGUUACCUGGGGCUAAGUGCUGAUCACUUCAAAGCUUUAUGGAUUUGUAGGGCCAGUUUCCUGGAGCCAGAUUAAGCCUAUUCCUGGAUUAAAACAUGGUUUUCAGAAAUAAUCUGUGUCCUAGGAUAUGGUAACUCACUGUGGUAGUCAAGCUUAUCUUAUUGAAGGUGGUGAGUAGUGUGUACAAAUUGCUUUUGGAGUAAUGUACCACUUAGUGUGUGCUUGCCAAUAGGAUUGCACCAGGUGUAGGUCACCAGAGCCUUACACUGAGGCAUGGUCUGUGUGUCAGGUCCGUUUGGGGGGCAGAUGGCAGGACCCGGGAUGGCGGGACCAGGGAUGUCUGGCCCCUUCCAAGGUGGGGCAGCCCAAAUGGCCGGGCCACCUCAGAAAAAGCUGGACCCUGACUCCAUCCCUAGCACAGUGAGUUUAUAUUUAAUUAUCGUGUGACUUCACGUCUUUGCAUACCAGCAUGCCAUUUCACAUGUUUCCUAGCUACCUCCAAGUCAGUAUUCCCUAUAAAGACAACUCUUUAGAAGAUCUGGCUACUGCACACACAGUAUAGGCCCAGCAUAGACAUGUGAGCAGCCCAAUUGUAUUAUAUCACCUCCCCAAAUUACCCUAUGGAUCAUAUUGAAUGUGUCUUAUUUGGAUGAAAUAUAUGACAGACAAAUUAUGAAGUCAACCCUGUGUCUCGUAGUUAAACCCACAAAAUGUUUGACUGAUUGUGCUUGGAAUGUUCAUGCAAACUACAAAGCAACAGCAGCAUGUGAAUUUCUACGAUACCAAUACGUCUCCUUUACCACACACAUCCAGCAAAAACUGACCGAGUGGAACUGAUUGAAAGCUUUCACCCACAGCCUAACUGUUUGUCAAGGAAAUGGCUCUUUCACUGACAAUGCACCUCUCUGGUUUAGACACAAGUCACUGAGGACGACCAAGCCAAACGAGGGGGACAGGUGUACACCACAAACCUCAGGGGCCAGGUUCCCCCACUGGUCACUACUGACUAUACUGUACAGGACCAAGGUAAGGCACAGGAAUACCAGUGUACUGGAAACACAAACCUGUCUGUGUCAUUGAACAGAACUAACCUUACUUCAACACACUUAACAUAGCUUUUUGUCCAGUCCAUCACUAGCACACCUGACUCAACUAAUCAAGGGCUUUGUGAUUACUUGACUAGUUGAAUCAGGUUUGUUUGUGCUGGGAUGGAACAAAAAUGUGCAGUUGUGAGGUUCCCCAAGGAAUGGAUUAGUAAAACGUGACACAGAUGACUUUGAACAAUACCGUAAUAGCCUUAGCUCAAACAUACACUUCUGAAAUACAUUUUAAUGGCAACAUGGGGAACAUAAUAGGGGUGUAUUCAUUAGUGCACACCGUAGCAAACUGUAGCAAAACAUUUUCACAAGGGAAACUUUUUUUCAACGAAAACUAGAUUUUCUUAGGUAGGUCCCUCCCCAUUUCGGCCUGUUUGGUUCCUAGUGAGUAGACCCCUGCUCUACCUCAAACAAAUACCUCCAGAAGCCAGUAAUAUAACAGCUGUCUUUCAGACACAAACCUUUAGAUGAGAUUCCAUUUUUUUUAAACUUUGUAUUUACUUUACCCUUUGAUCUCGUUUAAGCUGCGGCACUUCAAAUUUGUCAAACUUAAACCUUUCUGUCUCAUAAAAAUGUUUUAACCACAAAAACAAAAUUCACGGUAAUGUUCUCUUCGAGUGCAACUUUACCUGGAAAUGGCAAGGGAAAUACUGAUUUGUUAUGGUUUAAGUGGUAAUGUUUGAUACUGUACUUAAAAUGUAUGAAUAAGAACACUGAAUACUGUAUUUCUUUGUAAAAAGACAAUGUAAAAGAAAGUAAGUUAUUUACAGCCUGAUGAAUCUUUUAAAGGGAAGAACUGAACGAUAUUGUGACAAAUGUAAGGCUUUAUGCGUAACACAAAUGCAAACAUGUUUAAAAUGUAUUUAUAUUUUCUUGAAUCAAACCAAUAUGAGUACAUUGGUUACUCUCUAACUUUAAUUGAACUAUUUAAAAAAACGUUUUCUGUUUCCAUUUCUUCAUCCUCUUUAGGAAACGCCAGUCCAAGGUUCAUGCGUUGCACCACCUACUCUUUCCCCUGCACGGCUGACCUGGCCAAGCAGUGCCAAGUUCCCCUGGGCGCCAUCAUCAAACCUUUCGCCACGGUGCCAAAGAAUGAGGUAGGCCUUAUCCUGUGUAUGUUUGCAGAGAUUAUCCACAUUGUUUUAUAAAGUCAGACCACUAAACCGCUUAUGAAUUCUGAAACCAAGAUAUUUAAAGCCAGACACGACCAAAACCACAAGUACUACAGUAUGUUUUUCAUUUGGGGAGGGAGACACUAGCACUUUUAGUUUUCCUCAAUGACUCGUAGACGUAUUAUUUCCUUAAAAAAUAUACUGUAUGUCCAAGUGCUGUAAACGUUUCAAAGUGUCCCGUGGACAAUCUGCAUUUGGAUCCUGUGUGGUCCCAGGAAUCCUGCCUUAGAUAUUCUUCCCCUCACUUUGUCUUCGGUGCCAAAGGGCCUUUUUAGGCAAUGCUACUGUAGCUUUCUACGAGACAGAGAGAAAGAGCUAAUUAGCUAAUGUCAAGAUCUGCGUGGACCACAGAACAUGAAAGCGGUUCAACAAAGCAAUCCAGUGCACUGCCUUCUCAGGUUAGCGCUCAAUGUCCAGACAGUGCUAGCAUGAUUCCCAUAGUAGGAAGCUAACGCCCUGCAUGGAUUCCAUAUCAAACAAGCUAGCACAUUAACAACAUGUUAGCAUUAUUGUUUUGUUUUGUUUGGGAUGAAUGACCUCACUGCACAAGCACUCAAGUCUUAACUUUAAACUCUUGUAUUGCACUUGGACUUAUUAUUACAAAAUAUAUAAUUCAGCUGCACGUCCCCUUUGGAUGAACUACUUGGUUGCAUUUAAAUCUGUCUGCAUGUGGAGUUUAAUGGUCUUGGAGCCCAAAUGAAAAACAUACUGUAGUACUUGUUUAUAUACUGUUGUGUGUAAAGGCCUCCCUUCAAGAAAGAGCAGAAAUCAAGGGGGUCUUAUUGGGACAAUUCAAUGUGCUUUUAGGUUAGAUUUAUAGCCCUGAGACAAUGUUUUGGUUGUUAGGCUACAAUAUUUUGGAUAGUAUAUCAUUUCAGUGAUGCUUAAUGUAAAUAGUUUGAAGUAGUUGAACGAGGCUUGAAUCUUAGAUUUACUUGAGGAUAUAAACUUGUGCUAAGAUUUGGCUAUUUGGCCGUGCACAUGUGAAUAUAGCAUGUGCACACAGUUUGUUUUGUUUUCCCUAAUUAAUGUUUGUGGGUGUACAGACUUUGUGCAUGUAAUUUAUGUCAUAUGUUUCCAUGGGUUGGUUUGUGUGUGUGUGUGGGCUUGAUAAGCUAUAGGCACAACUUUACCAUCUGUAUUCCUGCACAUCCCCACUCAGCAGGAAAAAUAUUUCAUCCUUACAUUAAACAAAGCCUUAUUCGCCCAGAAACGUUCUGCUAUAGACAAAUGUAAUGCAGCUAUUUACAUACAUGGGACAUGAGAUUGAUACGUUUCUGGAGAGCGAAUCUGCUUUGUGUAUUGUAACCGCACGUGUUGAGUUUGGACUAUAAUAACUGUUUUGAAGGUAUAGAUGAGAUCACCCACAAUGUUUAGACUAAAUGCUUUAUGGCGGAGUGUGGGUCUACACGGGUAAAGAUCUUGAUAGAACUCACACUUGUUUAACACGGCAACAACUUCACAUUUCUAGACUGUUUGGUCUUGUUUUCAAUUUCCACAAAAGCUCAGUUUUAAAGGCAAGAUUUGAAUGCAAAGUAAAGCAAAAUGUAACUGUUAGGAUGAUUGUAUAUUCGGGCUCCCGAGUGGCGCAGCGGUCUAAGGCGCAGCAGUCUAAGGCACUGCAUCUCAGUGCUAGAGGCGUCACUACAGACCCUGGUUUGAUUCCAGGCUGUAUCACAAUCCGGCUGUGAUUGGAGUCACAUAGGGCGGCGCACAAUUGUCCCAGCGUCGGCCGGGGUAGGCAGUCAUUGUAAAUAAGAAUUUGUUCUUAACUGACUUGCCUAGUUAAAUAUAAACAUUAAAAAACAAUUGCUGAGGCGCAAACUGAAGCCUGGGAAAUGGCUCCACCUUUGGCCAAGGGAGCCACUACAGCCCAACUACCCAGGAGGACUGGCACACGUAGACUUUUGUCUAAUCAGCCUCAGUUGUGACACACUGGCAGAGAGCACAUGAGCACAGUGUUUUAAAUCACUCUAAGGUUGGGUUAAGGAUUUGAUCAAAGUAAAAAAAUGUUUACUGCAUCCUGGUUGUAUUUACUGAUAUAUUAUCCAGUCAAUGACUGCAACAACUAUGCUUCUGUUGGUGUAUAGCUGGUGCUGCCCUGUAGUAUAAACUGGUGAAGAUAAUGCAUGGUAAUCAUAGUUAACCUGAAGCCUGUAAGUUUCACCCAAACUACCAAAUAAGGCAUCGUCUAUGUACAGUUGACUAUGGGUCAAUGCUAUAACGAAUCCUUGGGACGUCCCUACCCUAUCCCUAACCUUAACCAUAACCCUUUCUUAACCUUAACCUUAACUAUUUUACAUUUUAGCUUCAAUGGGGUCGGGACAUCCCAACGAUCCCGGAUAGGACGGACCGUUGACAAUGGGCUACAGUUGACUCCAAAACAAAACGUGUGACUGCUGUCUUAUGAGACUAUUUCCUCUGUUCUGUUGUGUGGCCCAGACUCCUCUCUACGUCGUGAACCAUGGUGAGACCGGCCCGAUCCGCUGUAACCGCUGCAAGGCCUACAUGUGUCCCAACAUGCAGUUCAUCGACGGCGGCCGCCGCUACCAGUGCGGCUUCUGCAACUGCGUCAACGAAGGUACGUCCACCCCUAACAAGGAGGGGAUGGGGGACCUUAUUGGGUAAUAAUGGUCUGUGGUUAUGGAUCUGACCAACCUUUUGGAGCUCAAAGCUAAAAAAAUUAAUCUUUAAUUUGGGUAACUUAUAUUAGCCAAGAUUUAAAUGAUAGUUGUUGGAGUUAUUCCUCAUAUUUCUGAUAUAAGGUCUGACCAGUGCUUUGGGGUAGUUUUGAACCCUAUUUUACAUAGAAACUAAUGCACUCGGGUAGGGGACACUAUGCCUGAGAAAUGCAUUUAGGGCAUGGUUGCUACGCAGAGGCAAUAUUAUGUUUGGGGUAUGUUUUUGUCACCACUGCUAAAACACGUUAUUUUGUUCUCUCACAGUGCCAGCCUUUUAUUUCCAACACCUGGACCACAUGGGCAGAAGGGUGGAUUUAUAUGAGAGGCCAGAGCUGUCGCUGGGGUCAUAUGAGUUCGAAGCCACCCUGGAUUACUGCAAGGUAAGCAAUGCUCUACCAUUGUGGUUUAAAUUAACCUUCAUAGUGAACCUUAUGUAUGAUAUUGUUUCAUUUUAUACAAAUGGAGAGAAAUUGGCAGUUGGUAAAAUAACUACUUUGAAUUACUUUUGUAUGGAUGAAAAGUAACAUGUGUUUCAAUCAAUAUUCUUAGCAGUUUAUAUGUCGCCAAAAGCCUACAAUAUGAAUUGACAUAGGGGAAAGCUGUGAUGGUACAUGGAACAGAACGUAUAAAACUUGCCAAACUAAUGCUUGGCAAGAGUCUAUCUCUUAAAGACUUGUAUGAAGUGAAAGUGAUUAGCGUCUCCAGUCCCAGUGGUUUCGCUGAGUAGGGUCUAGAAAGUGUGUAGAGGGAGUAGGUGCUUACCUCUUGGCAGAGACUGCAUUCUUCAUUCAGCACCAGAUGAUUAGAAAGGAGCACAGAGUACAGGCAAAAGCAUGUUCUGUUCAUUCAACACCACCUCAUUAAAGCCAAAAGAGCUCAAUAUGUUCUCCAUUUUGUUUCGCUCUGUGGGGUGAUCUUUUCUUGUACAUUCUGGGUAGAGGUAGGUGGGGGGCUAGCAACACCACGUUUCGCUACUGAAGCCGUCUUGUUACUUCAGUCUGUUUAUUAAUAUUUGGAAAUGUAGUUCCGACCAGCUUUCAGCGCAAGCAUCCGAGGUGAGGUGAGCCGAGUCAGACUGUUACCGUGGAAACAAAACAACGGCCCGUGCUGUCUCCUUCAUCCACAUUCCUAACAAAUGGAGGGCAUAGUCCUAACUGCUCCAAGAUCCAAGCAACUGUAAGCUUAAAACAGAGAAAGUAAUGGCUGUGGUGGAGGGAUACACAGGGCAAAAACAUGCGAGGAAGAGAGAAUAUUGGCCAAAAAUUGGGGUCCAAUGACCAAUGUAGUUUUGAUAAGAGUAGCCUACAAGUUUGAUCUAAAGUUGGGGUACAGAUUUGACGUCUCUGGUGUGUUGACGUUGUUAUGUGUUUGACCUUGGAGGCAGGGUCAAUUGUGUUGAUUUUAUGGUAUAAGUGAACAAUAGUUGUUUUGUGUUUCAGGGUUUUAAAACGGCAUUGUUUUAGACAGUCAAGCACAUUUUAAACCGCAAAUAUGAGCAAAUUAAAGAAAAGGUACAGUAACACAGUAGCUGAAUUUAAGUUGUAAUUCAAAAUGUCCUCUCUCUCUUUCAGAACAACAAGCCAGCCAGUCCUCCGGCGUACAUCUUCAUGAUCGACGUGUCCUAUGCCAACAUCAAGAGCGGACUAGUCAGACUGGUGUGUGGGGAGCUGAAGACCCUGCUAGACAACCUGCCCAGGUACACACAUAACACAACACACACACACGGUAUCAAACACUGACCUCUCAUAAUCAAGGAAUGGAGCCUUGAACCACCUGCAUUUGAGCACUUUCUGGAAACUGGCCCAAUAUCUCUCUGCCUACAGCCUAGCUCCAAGGUCUUUUUUAUAUAGGAUCUGCCAACUUGGAGUGAGACACACUACAUAGCCUUGGAGGUUACUGUGAAAUGACGUAAGCUGUGUCCAAUGUGAGAAUCCUUUAUACAAUGCCCUGCCCUCCAAGGGAUUAGCAUUGGAUAACUGAAGUCUCGAGUCAGAGAGAAACCACAUUAGAUUUAUAGAAGUGUUUCGACACCCCCAUCACCCAUAAUGUGUAGCUUGGUGGUUUGAUAUUUGGAGUGGGUUGCAGACCACCAGAUACAGUAUAGCCUACACUACCUCACACUUUGCUGUCAACACAUCUUCAGGGGGGGCCAUAUGUUCGCCUGAGCUUCACUGUGCUGCCAUCGCCUCAGGGUGUAACAGAAUACUACUGGAAAGCCGCGAUACCUUGCCAAAUAUGGUGGUCCCAUAUGUACAAGGCAAAGAAGAAAGCAUUAAGCCAAAUAUUCAAGUAUCUCAUCAGUUGAAAAUUCUUGCCUGAAGGUUGUGGGGGUGGGAUGGGGGAGAUGCUAGGGGAAGGGAAAGAAGAAGGAGGGGGGAGGAGGGCGGGCUGAAAAUGUUAUGGCGCAGUGCAGACUCUAACCCUGAAUCACGUCCAAGACACAAGAAGUCCGCGGCACAGAUGGGUCUGAUUUUGGCUGUUUUAUGUGGGUCGCCAGCAAGACAUAAGGUUUUGAUUUACCAUCGAGAAACGGAUGAUAUACUUCACCUGGACUUUCCUAAAAUAACUACCUAACCUCCAAAACGGUUAGGUAGUGCUCUCCAAAUGUUUUUAAAUUACCUUUCUUCCCUGUUCUCCAUUGUGAGGCUUUGCUCUCUCGUGCAUUGAAACUAAUGGAAAACAUGUUGAAAACCCAACACUUUUAUAAGGAUCAGUAACGCUGCCGAAAUAGCCACAUUUUUGCUUCUAGCUUGCUACGGGGGAAAAGGGGCUCCAAGAAAGCACAAGCAGGUGUAGACUAAAUCCUGUGGUAUUUUCUCUAUCAUUUAAUAUUUCAUCACUGUUACUCAGUAUGAAAACAAGCAAUACAAAGCUGCAUUGCCUGACUGCUUCUCUUGUCAGUUCUUGUGAAUGAUAUUGACAUAAGUCUGUUCUAUGGGACUCAUCAUUUUACAUAUGGCAGAUUUAGUUAGAACGAACCCCUCAUUUGUACUGGGUUAAGGUGCAUGUUCUAUACUGCUCUGUGUUCAGAAAGAAAGGGAGACAAACCCCAGUUGCCCCUUUUCAGAUGGGGAAUGCUUUUACACAUUGUUUGGUCACACUUUAUUUGGAUAGUCCAUCUGUAGAUGCUCUACAGAUGGUCACACUAUCAACAAACUAUCUGUUGAUAAGCAAUUGCUUGCUAAGGUUACGGUUAGGUUUAGAAUAAGGGUAAGGGUUAGAGAUACGGUUAAGUUUAUGGCUAGGGUUAGUAGAUAGUUGAAAUGUUACUCAUACUCGUCAAAACAGAGGUGUAUAUAAAGUAGAUUUUAUCUCGACUGCGUGGUAUUCUCCCCAGUCCAUGAAAAUGAAAGCGAGAUCUGCAAAGGGAGAAAAACAGUCAUAUAUUUCACUGACAGUUUAUUAUUCAUGUAAUUGAACUUCUGUUGAGGCAUGAGUUGGAGAGGGGUGUUCGUGAGAGAAAGAGAAGGAAAUUGUGUGUGGACAUUCAAUCACAUUACAUCAGAGAUAGCAGUCAUCUUAAUUGAAAGCAUAUGAGGCCCCUUUUUUCCUUCACCUAUCAGUACUUUGCCCUGAAGAAAAACUCUUCCUCUCCUUAACCCCCCGACUGGGUGAUGGCCCUUUUUUUUUAUUGGCUGAGUGGUGGAUGCUGGAAGAAGUGCCCAUCUCCGGAAUGAGACCCUCUCCUCCAAUGUGUUUUUCUUUGCUGUAAAAAAGCGUUUCUGCACCCAGGAAUGUUUUUAGCGCAUCGGUUGCUUACUCUAAAACUUCACUGUGAUUUUAUAUGGCGGGAAGUUGUUUUGCUAGAUCAAAUAAAUAUACGAAGGUCAGAAAAACCGGGCAUGAGAUGGGGCCUUUGACGUAGUGACAUCGGAGAGGUUGAAGGGAAGCCAUUAGCUCUCUAAUUUAACAUGACCUAUUGAAGCAUCCAUAACCAAAACAUGGACCAUAAGGUGAGGAGCAAUUACAUAGGUCAACUUUGACCUGGCUGUCCCCUAUCAUGUUGUACUGUAUGCAUAUUUGGCUGAAGCUAACAUGACUGUGUUCAAAUACAAUUUGAAAUCUUUCAAAUUCGUUGAGCGUUUGCUUUAGCCUGCCUGGAGUGCCAGAUGGGCAGAUUUUACACUUUGGGGAUUAUUGUAUUGUUUCCAUUACGCUAGGAAAGUUCAAUCAAAGACGGUUGAAGUAUUUUAAAGUUAUUUCAAAUAGUGUUUUAAGCCAGGCCCGGUAGCUAACACUGCAUACAUGCAUACAGUGUGUGUAUCUGCAUUAAUUUGUUAUCUGUUCAUGUCAUAUGUUUAGAAUACAACUUCAGAAUAGGGGAUUUAUCUGCGGUUUAUUGGCCUCCAUGUCAGAGUGCAUAAGCAAUUUAUAACAACUUAGUGAUUACUUAAUCUAUGCUGUAACAUAGUGUCCUCUAAUGACCAGCAUGUUUAGUUAAAAUAAAAACUAUUCUGAAAGGCUAUCUCUCUCUUCAUCUAGCGUGGUCCCAAAUCUGUAUAUGUUUUAGGCAAAUAUUAUCAACGACAUGACUAUCAUUCAUGACUCAUGCCAGGCUACCGCUGCUCUCUCUCUGUAAUGACACUAACACUCAUCCCCCACUUUCCCCCCUCUUCCUCCCCCACAGAGAGGAUGGUGCUGAGAGCUCGAUGGUGAAGGUGGGCUUCGUCACUUACAACAAGAUCCUACAUUUCUACAACGUGAAGAGUGCCCUGGCCCAGCCCCAGAUGAUGGUGGUGUCCGACACGGCCGAGAUGUUUGUCCCGCUGCUCGACGGCUUCCUCGUCAACUUCCAGGAGUCUCGCGCCGUCAUCAACAAGUAAGGGCAGGGGCACACCUCUGACAUGAGAAUUGAUUUGAGUAGUGAUCCUUGAUGGCAUAUUUUCUAAUAUUUAGACAUGUUAGUUAGUGUGAAUGGAUAGCAAUAGGCAGAUCAUUGGUAAUGUUAGGAAUCUGAACCUUUUGAAGGAGGCAUUGACAAUAUUUUGCCUAUGUAGCCCAAUGGGGGGGGGGGGAGAGAGAACAGGAUGAUCUCUGCACACCGUGAUCUAUACGCCAAAGUGUGACAACUUGAUGCAGACCAAAGGGUGAACAUUCUGUCUGAAUCAAUUUGACUUUGGAGCGCAGUGGGUUUAGAGUGGUCCCUUUCUUUUUGCUAAACAUAUAUAUUCUUUAUCUCCAGCUCCUUCUCAAAGCCUGUGGAUGUGCAUCUAUUUAUGUGUUUAUUUCUGAGGAACAUUGUUUUUAUGUGGUAAAAACAAUCGUUGAAUGACAGCAUUUGAUUAUCUUGCCGAUCAGAAGGUUUCCAAAGCAUAAUUUUCUCCAUAUCUUUAGUUUGAGUGGUUUUCAUCACAAACGUCAAGAUAAUGUUGAAAAACAGUUGCUUCCAGAGAAGUGGUCCCUGGAAGCAUUUUAUAUUAAAAAGACUCAUGUGGAUGCAUAUGGAAAAUGGUCUUAUCUAUGCAGUUGUGUAUGGCACAGCACCAAAGUGAUUUAUUACCACUUGAUAUUUUGGUAUGUCUAUGUCAAAGUACAUGGCGGUAGUCCAUCUCAAACAGGGACCUUUGGCUAAAUCUCUUACUGGGAGAUCAACCAGUUUGUUUUUCUAAAGAACUGACUCAUUUUUCUCUACUUGUACAAUAUAAUUAAACAAAUGUGAGUUGAGUCCUUGGUUUAGAUCCAAAUAUGACUUUGGAAGAAUUUUGUUGUUGCUAGAAAGGGGUUUUAUCUAUUGAAUGAGCUGAGACUCUUCUAAACUGUCUAUGUGCAUGAUACUCCCCCAAUGAUCUGUGGAAUUGUAAGGACAAUACCGUUGGAUCUAACCACUGGCUGUCCCAGUAAUCUAAAAUAAUUUCCUUUCCUCAUCUCUCUUCCUUGAAAAACCACACAAUUAAAAUAACUGGAUGGACAUUGACCGUAGUACUUACACCUAUCACCUCCUUUCAGAUUAGCAGUCAAAGGAAAGGAGGCAAUGAAACAAAGCUAUUAUAACACAAUUGGGACAGAGCAAAUUGUGUGUACUAAGUGUUGAACACAAUGUACCAGAGGUGAAUGAUUGUGACACUGUCCCUCUUUCUUACUCCUCUCUAGUCUCCUGGACCAGAUCCCUGACAUGUUUGCAGACACCAACGAGAGUGAGACAGUCUUUGCCCCCGUCAUCCAGGCUGGGGUAGAGGCACUCAAGGUGAGAGGCUGGAUGUCAACUCCGUCACACACGAGGGAAUGGGAGAUGGAUAGCAGGCCAACUGUUACUUUGUCCAGGCGGUGAUGGACUCUAAGUACCCAAUAACCUCUUUUUGAUUUCAUUACAAUCAUUUAUUUACAUAGGGACAGAUAGAAAAACACUGGCACAUUGAAAUGAGAAGACGACAGAUUAAAAGACAACAGACCCACAUAAUAAGAUGAUACAGUGCAUUGUGAUGUCAUAUAUUAGAUGCUUAUCUUAACUUUAAAGAUAGAGGAAUUAGAAUAGUCCCUUUACAACCAACUCUAUCCCCAAAAAAGGGAUUGUUUUCUUUUGUCAACAUAGUCCGUUAUACCGUGCGUUCUCAGUUGGCAUCGUGCAUUAAACAGUUUUUCCAUCAACCCAAUGACUCGGCAACUUUCCGUUUAGCUUCCUAAUAGAACUGUUUAUUUAAUCAGCUCCAACUGAAUUUUUCCCAACGACUUGCCUUCAGUUUGAAUGAAUGUGUGGUAGAGGUCACAUAAUUUCAGAUGCUAACCGACAGCCUUGCAGAAAAUCAAAUCAAAUUGUAUUUGUCACAUGCGCCGUGAAAUGCUUACUUACAAGCCCUUAACCAACAAUGCAGUUCAAGAAAUGGAGUUAAGAAAAUAUUUACUAAAUAAACUAAAGUAAAAAAUGAAUAGAAAAAUUAACACAAUAACGAGGCUAUAUACAGGGGGUACCGGUACCGAGUCAAUGUAGAGGUUGGUCGAGGUAAUUUGUACAUGUAGGUAGGGGUAAAGUGACUUCAGAGAUAAGAAACAGCGAGUAGCAGCAGUGUAAAAACAAAGGGAGGGAGGGGGGGGGGGGGGGUCAAUGUAAAAUAGUCCGGGUGGCCAUUUGAUUAAUUGUUCAGCAGUCUUAUGGCUUGGGGGUAGAAGCUGUUAAGGAGCCUUUUGGACCUAGACUUGGCACUCCGGUACCGCUUGCCGUGCGGUAGCAGAGAACAGUCUAUGACUUGGGGGCUGGAGUCUUUGACAACUUUUUGGCCCUUCCUCUGACACUGCCUGAUAUAGAGGUCCUGGAUGGCAGGAAGCUUGGCCCCAGUGAUGUACUGGGCCGUAUGCACUACCCUCUGUAGCGCCUUACGGUCGGAUGCCGAGCAGUUGCCAUACCAGGCGGCGAUGCAACCGAUCAGGAUGCUCUCAAUGGUGCAGCUGUAUAACUUUUUGAGGAUCUGGGGACCCAUGCCAAAUCUUUUCAGUUUCCUGAGGGGUUGUCGUGCCCUCUUCAUGACUGCCUUGGUGUGUUUGGACCAUGAUCGUUUGUUGGUGACGUGGACAUCAAGGAACUUGAAACUCUUGACCCACUCUACUACAGCCCCGUCGAUGUAAAUGGGGGCAUGUUCGGGCCGCCUUUUCCUGUAGUCCACGAUCAGCUCCUUUGUCUUGCUCACGUGGAGGGAGAUGUUGUCCUGGCACCACACUGCCAGGUCUCUGACCUCCCGCUCGUCGUUGAACAGGGAGUACAGGAGGGGACUAAGCACGCACCAUCAUUAAGUUUCCUGACGAUUAGCGUGGCAGUUGUGUUGUAGCCUACCCUUACCACCUGGGGGCGGCCCGUCAGGAAGUCCAGGAUCCAGUUGCAGAGGGAGGUGUUCAGUCCCGGGGUCCUUAACUUAGUGCCCACAAAGCUCAUCACUAUGGUGUGGAACGUUGAGCUGUAGUCAAUGAACAGCAUUCUCACAUAGGUGUUCCUUUUGUCCAGGUGGGAAAAUGCGGGUAUGAUGGUGAGUCGCAACUAAUUUGGGUCAGUAAGACCAUUGACUCUGUUGAUUAAGCAAUCUGUUGACCUAAACUUAAACCCUAGAAUCCCCUCACUGAACGAGAACAUGAUGAGACGCAUCCAGGUCAAACCAAUGUUGUUCCCUUCAUUGAAACGGUCACACAAGGAAAUAAAUGCACGUCCACACCUUUUUCCUGUAUUGGCUCUCUCCUGUUACCUCUCUGUAAUGUGAUUAUUUAUUUUUGUCCUCUACAGACAGCAGAAUGCAGCGGCAAGCUGUUCAUCUUCCACUCCUCCAUCCCCACCGCCGAGGCCCCUGGGAAACUGAAGAACAGGGAUGACAAGAAGCUGAUCAACACAGAGAAAGAGAAGGUGAAGCAAAAUUGCUUGUCUUUUACAUUUAAAACAGACUUUAAGUGCACCAUAUUAUCAUUGGCUAUUACAUUUUUUUGAGUGUGUGAAUAGCUUGCUUUCUAACGUGUGUGGUUGUGUUGUUUGGGUCCCCUGCGGUGUCUUAGACUCUGUUCCAGCCCCAGAAGGGUGUGUAUGAGCAGCUCUCCAAGGACUGUGUGUCUCAGGGUUGCAGCGUGGAUCUGUUCAUCUUCCCCAGCCAGUAUGUGGACAUCGCCACCAUGGGAGACGUCCCCACACACACAGGAGGCUCCAUUUUCAAGUAUAGCAACUUCCAGGUAUACACAAACAGUAUGGCAUACAACUGCACAAUACAGUUUAAGUUUUUACAUUUUAGUCAUUUAGCAGACUCUUAACCAGAAGGACUUGCAGGCGCAAUUAGUGUUAAGUGCCUUGCCCAAGGGCACAUAAACAUAUUUUUCACCUAGUCAGCUCAGGGAUUCAAACCAGCCACCUGUCGGUUAUUGGCCCAACGCUCUUAACUGCUAAGCUACCUGUCACCCAGUUCCCCAAAAGCGUUCCUUUUAUGCCACAGAACAUCUUAUUUUAAACUGCCAUUUGAGUCCAUGAAUCAUUCUCUUAUUGGACAAAUGAAAUUACUUGCAUUACAUUAAAUGCAUUAGAACCCAUAUCUCAUUCAGAUCUUAGCACUGGACCAAUAUUCCAUGGAGUGUAAUUGGGGAAACUGUCACCUUGUGGUUGACUGUGUCACUACCUGUGUAUUUCAGGUGGAGAUGGAUGGAGAGCAUUUCUUGAGUGACCUGAGGAAGGAUGUGGAGAAGGCCAUCGGGUUUGACGCCAUCAUGAGAGUCCGCACCAGCACAGGUAAUUCAGUCAUUGAAUGUUUUUUAGUGUAUGAACUCAUUCUCAUUGCACUUGUAUGUACUUAAAAAAAAUGAGAAAAAGAUGUACAGUGUAGAAUUUAAGAAAAUUAAAUAAAAUUUGUUUCCAACAUUUUUACAUAGGCAGAUAAUUCCAUUGCUUAAAUGAUGCAUUGAUGGCCUCCCGAGUGGCGCAGCAGUCUAAGGCACUGUAUCGCAGCGCUUGAGGCGUCACUACAGACCUGAGUUCAAUCCCAGGCUGUGUCACAACCGGCCAUGACCGGGAGUCCCAUAGGGCGGCGCACAAUUGGCCCAGCUUCGUCAGGGUUGGGGGAGGUUUUGGCCAGGGGGGCUUUACUUGGCUCAUCGCGCUCUAGCGACUCCUUGUGGCGGGCCCGGGUGCCUGCAGGCUGACUUUGGUCGUCAAAUGAACAGUGUUUCCUCUGACACAUUGGUGCAGCUUGCGGGUGGGUGUUAAGAAGUGCAGUUUGGCGGGUCAUUUUUCGGAGGACGCAUGAUUUGACCUUGGGGAGUUGCAGCGAUCGCAAUUGGAAAUCACGAAAUUAGGUGAAAAAAAAAAAAGGUAUUUGAGGUAAGAUUUGUUUUACUACUGCUGGACUGUAUUGCACUUCAAGACACUAACUCAUAGUUUUCCCUUCUCUCCUGCCAGGCUUCAGGGCUACAAACUUCUUUGGUGCUAUCCACAUGAACAACACCACAGACGUGGAGAUGGCUGCCGUGGACUGUGACAAGGCUGUGACGGUGGAGUUCAAACACGACGACAAACUUAGUGAGGAGACGGGCGCUCUCAUGCAGGUGUGUCUCACACACACGACUCAAAAAACUAACGCUAAAUUGUUUUGCUGAAAUCAUAUCUCAAUCUGCUGUUUUAAUGGUUACCACUAAUCAGCUAUUUAGGUUCACUGCAAAGUGGAUAUUUGACUGCAACGAAAAUACAGAUAUGCAUCCCAUUCACUAUGUGUGUUUUCAGGCAAGGGUUCCACAAAGCCUUAAACAUCCUACUCUGAUAUGUAAGACUAAAAUCCUGACAGUCUUUUGACCCACUAACGGCUUCUGUGUGUUCUGUUUCCCAGUGUGCCUUGCUGUACACGACCGUCAGCGGCCAGCGGCGUCUGCGGAUCCACAACCUCAGUUUGAACUGCAGCGCCCAGCUGUCUGAGUUAUACAAGAGCUGUGAGACGGACGCCCUCAUCAACUUCUUCGCCAAGUCAGGUGACUACACCCAUCAGCGUAUUACUGUAUUUAGGUGUGUUGUGUUCAGUAAGGGCCAAAUGAGAGAAAUGUCCUAUAAAUCCACUUCUCAUCUAGGCAUAAUGAAUGAGAUUCAAUAUAAAUAAUCUAUCAGUUCAAAUAACGAGUUAAGGACAUGUUCCAGAACUUUGGCGACUACUAAGUAUGUGUAUAAACCUUUGGGCUGGAUGUGUCCGUGUAGUUCAUACAUGUGUAAUCUAUGAGCAGAAUUACUGUCUUAACUCAAUUAGCCACGAAAUCCCUAGUUUGAAAGCGACAGUUUUUCUGGAAGCUGUGCUGCAUCAUAGCAAGAGGCACAUGAUGCACACACAGCAGAGCAAGUGCGAGGGUAAUGACGUGGUGCACAUAUCUGCAAAUAUGUGACAUGGUACGCAAUUUACGGAGUCCACUUGGCUCGUGAGCGCUACUUUCAGAACUACCGGCUAAAAGGUAUACAAAAGCACCAGAGAAUCUCUUUAAUUAAAUAGUUAGUCUGCUCAUUGGCUGUAACAUAGCUGGCUGGUGUGUUAUUCUGCAUUAUACAGCAUACUAACUGUUUAUGUAGAUCUAUAUCUGCUUAAGUCGGCUCAUGACUUGUGGCUGCAACAUUGCUGGUCGAUGGUGUCAUAAUUCUAUUUUAGUUAAAUACACCUCAUUCAUCACUUUAGCUACCUGAUUCCCGGUAUAUGUAAAUCACCUUAAAAGAUACCUAAGAGAAGUAACUUGUUCAAAACCAGAACCAUAUGCCUCUCAUAAAAUAUUAGUGACAAGCAAACUUGUUGUAUGACAUGAGAGCACUUCAGACAGCUUUAGUGUGGGAACACAGUUACUGACCUCCAAAUGCCCUCUAGCUCUCCCUUCAUCCCCUCUCUCACAGCGUACCGUGCCAUGCUGAACCAGCCCCUGAAGACGGUGAGGGAGAUCCUGGUCAACCAGACGGCCCACAUGCUAGCUUGCUACAGGAAAAACUGUGCCAGUCCCUCCGCUGCCAGCCAGGUCAGUGGCACAGAACACUGUGGACAACUUUCAUAGAAUAAAACGUUGUUCAUUUUGUUACUUGUCUUUGUGUUGUGGUCGCAUUUUACAAAUGCAGUGGUGUGAUAUAACUCCUAGGCUGGUGACAUUUCAAGUAUCUAGUUUCAAAGAAGUGUACAAACAUCCAGUAACUUACAGGUGCAGGGUACAAAAGUAAACUGAUGAACGAAAGACCGAUGGAUUCCUGCACAUUUUGAUUCCUACUGCAGUUUUAUUGUGUUUGCUUUUGUCAUUUCAAGUAUCGCAAACAUUGCUACUGUAGCGUCAGGGAGUCAUCAUGUGUAUUAGAGGUUCUCACUUGCUCCUCUCUCCCCUUGUGUAUCUGUGUGUAGCUGAUCCUGCCUGAUGCCAUGAAGGUGUUCCCGGUUUACUUAAACAGCCUGUUGAAGACUGGUCCCCUGGUGGGCAGCGCUGAGCUCUCUACAGACGACAGGGCUCACCAGAGACUCAUCACCACGGCCAUGGGGGUGGAGGAUACCCAGCUGCUUCUCUACCCACGCCUCGUCCCACUGGUGAGACAACAUGCACACUCUCCUGCCUCGUCCCACUGGUGAGACAACAUGCACACUCUCCUGCCUCAUCCCACUGGUGAGACAACAUGCACACUCUCCUGCCUCAUCCCACUGGUGAGACAACAUGCACACUCUCCUGCCUCGUCCCACUGGUGAGACAACAUGCACACUCUCCUGCCUCGUCCCACUGGUGAGACAACAUGCACACUCUCCUGCCUCGUCCCACUGGUGAGACAACAUGCACACUCUCCUGCCUUGUCCCACUGGUGAGACAACAUGCACACUCUCCUGCCUCGUCCCACUGGUGAGUCAACAUGCACACUCUCCUGCCUUGUCCCACUGGUGAGACAACAUGCACACUCUCCUGCCUCGUCCCACUGGUGAGACAACAUGCACACUCUCCUGCCUUAUCCCGCUGAUGAAAGCGCACACACAUAACACACCCACCUCUGGCGCUACCCAUGUUCGAUCAAUCUCACUCCCUCUCUCUGAGGUCCUUUUUACCAACUGCAAUUUGUUUGUUUAUUAUGAUCAUGAUACCUGUGAUUCCUUCCUCAUUUAGGCAAAUGGACCUCAAUCUUAAAUGUUCUAUCACUAUCCCAAUCCCACUUCAAUUACCUCUAACCGGUGCCCCCGCACAUUGACUCUGUACCCCCUGUAUAUAGCCUCGCUAUUGUUAUUUUUACUGCUGCUCUUUAACUAUUUGUUACUUUUAUUUUGUAUUAUUUUAUAUUGUAUGUAUGUGUGUAUAUAUAAUAUAUGUGUGUGUGUGUGUGUGUGUUAGUGCUGAGUUCUGACUACAUGGUAUUCACUUAAUUGAUGUGAAAAGAUACUCCGGGAUAUAUAUACUGAAUAUCGCUCUGGUCAAGGGAUACAAUAAAGGUAAAGAUGACUCUGUUGUUGAGAUAAUGAACAGCAGAGGGCAGCAUUUCGCUGCGUCCCACUACAGCGGAGUUGACGCAUUUACCAGUCUUUGGUAUUGGCAUCCGUAAGGUGUGACAUCCUAUUAGUUGAUAUUGCAUGCCAGCACACAAACAAUUACCCAGCAAAACACUUCAACAAAACCUGCCAUUUUGAGGUGGCUGAUGAGAAACUGAAUGAAUGGUGUGUGCAUGAGUCUUCAGAGAAGUGUAUGAGGGUAAAGAUACAAGUGGCCUCAGUAGAAUAAUUUUUACAUUUUAGUCAUUUAGCAGACACUCUUAUCCAGAGCGACUUACAGUUAGUGAGUGCAUAAUUUUUUUUUUUUUCAUACUCGUCCCCCGUGGGAAACGAACCCACAACCCUGACGUUGCAAACGCCAUGCUCUACCAACUGAGCUACACGGGACUAUAAUAAUAAUUACAUGCUUCAUAAUUGAGACAUGGCUCAUACAAUGGCAGUUAUUUGUUCUCCUUCAUAUCUAUUGCUGUGUUUGCUUGGAAAGUGCCAGGCACUUGUGAUUCAUUUUGUUUUAAUUUGUGUGUCACAGCAAACACGGCAAUUGUCUUAAAGCAAUACUGUAAUAUGUGCAUAAUUAGGGUUGGAAUGGUCCUCCUAAUAAUAUGCUGUAAACUCUGGAGCACUGCUCACCUGAAUGAAAGUGCAAGAUGGAUUUAACUUGUCAACCUAUCUUGAUUAUGUCGAAAGAUAGUAGCAUUUUCAUUGAAAAGGUGUGCAGCUCAAUACUCUUUGGUUGGGGUACAGCUCAAUACUCUUUUGUAAGGACUCCUCUCAAAAUGCUUUCAUUGGUGUCCAUCUCAAUACUGUCAUAAUGGGGUACAUUUCAAUACUCUUGUUGGGGUCAGACUUAGUUUUUUACAAUUGUUUAAGCACAAUUUUGAAAACAGGGCCCGGUUUGUCAAAACACUACACACAAUUAGCACAACCCUACACCAAAGUAGCACAACACUUCAGAUCAUUUGCAAAAUGGAACACUUUUGUCAACUAUACACGACUUCAUAAAAACUAUAUUUUGUUACAAUACGAAACACACACAUUUCAUGACUUCAAUCUUUUUGAACCAGUUACACACUGCUGUUGCUAACCUAAAACACUUUUAGCAAGUCUAAUUCUCAGUGAUUAGAGUACUGUAAAUGAAGUACACAGAGAAAGUGCAACUAUACAAACACUACACAAGACCAAUGCUGCAGACUGAGGAAAAUAUCAUUUAUUUCUCUCCAUAUACCCAAAUCGGUCAACAUGGAGAAUCACAACAAAACAUGUCCCAGUUUUCAUGCUACUACAGUAGUGUGCAUAACACUGUUAGCUCAGCAAACAACAGACAAACGUAAAAUACUGUAUCCAGUACAAGUUACAAUUACAGUAAAUAACAACAACCAUAACAAAUAAUCUGAAAAAAACGGACUUGUACAGAAAAUACUACAGUAAACAUACUAUACAUUAUCUCUUCGCCUAGCUGGAUCUGGCCAGAGAAUUUAAUCAACAUCACAAGCAAUAUCCUCAUUAGCAAGACAACGCGGGAUGAACCGUCUUGAAUGUCGAAUCCAUUCUUGCACAGCUGCGGUGUCGACUUGGUCACAGGCGUCCUCCAUGGCCUGAAUGAGGGGUACCUGAGCCUGGGGCUGGAGAUCGUAAACCUUCCACCGCCAUGCAGAGAGAAACUCUUCGAUAGGGUUUAGAAAUGGAGAGUAUGGUGGAAGGUAUAGUACUGUCAACUGUGGAUGGUUUUGAAACCAGUUCUGGACCAAAGCAGAGCGGUGGAAUGACACAUUGUGCCAGAUGACAGUGUAUUGCAUCUGGUGCAUUUCAUUACCUGCUGUGACGAUGUGGUGCAAUCGGUCCAAAAAUGCGAGAAUGUGAGGUGUGUUGUAAGGGCCCAUUUUGGCAUGACGGAGGAGAACCCCAUGCUGUGAAAUGGCAGCGCAAAGGGUGAUGUUACCCCCACGUUGCCCUGGGACAUUGAUUAUAUCCCUGUGGCCAAUGAUAUUUCUGCCUCUUCUUCUUGCUUUUGUGAGGUUGGACCCUGCCUCAUCAAUAUAUAUGAAUUCAUGCAGGAUUUCCUCAGCAUCCAUCUGCAAAACUCUCUGAAAUACAGUGAAAGACAAGAUUGUGUAGUUCAGGAUAGGUCUAGUAUACCGUCAAUGUAAAAAAGUAAUGUGUGCAGUAUGCAACAUCAGUGCUAAAGUGAACAAUACAAACCUCCAAACACUCAUGCCGCAGCCGUUUGACCCUCUUUGAAUUCCGCUCAAAAGGCACUCAAUAAAGUUGUUUCAUUUGAACCUGAUGUCUUUUCAGGAUGCGUGCCAGUGUUGACUGAGAGACCUGAUGGACAUUAUUGAAAAUGGCAUGGUCACCGAUAAUGUUGGCUUGUAGUUCUCUGAGCCUGAUAGCAUUAUUGGCCAAAACCAUGUUUAUUAUCUCUCUCUUGUUCUUGCGUGAAUAUGGGCCCCCUUCCUCCUUGUCGUUCCCGACCCUCAAUCCUAUGUAGAGAAUAAUACAUGUAACUUACUGUACAAUGGCUCGGCCUCUGCCUCUUCCUCCUUCUCCGUGUACUCCUCCUCUCACCCUCACUCUUCUUCUGACUCCUUCCAUUUUGGUUGAAGGCAGGUGAACCUACCUGCUGCAUUUUUAUAGUGCUUAAACCUGAUUGGUGUGUCUACAAUUUAGCAAUCAUGUGUUUGUACACCUGAUGGCUGUGUUUAACAGAUUGGCUCAAUUUGACAGUCAGUGAUUUGGAAUUGCAAGGAAGUGACAUCAUGAUAUACUUCUGUGUCUGAUGUAUACAAGUGUGUUUAGUGUUUUGCAAAUAGUGUGAAGCUGACAAUGUGCUUACAGUUGUGAAAAUCUAGCCUUGUGUUUUGCUCCUUGAGUGUAAGGUUUUGCUAAUUGUGGGAAAAGUUUAAUUUUAGUGUGUAAGCAAUUGUAAAAAACUGUAAUACUAUGCUUCUUGUUAUAGAUUGUGGUCUACCAUAACAGUCAUGUGCAGCCCCCUCCAUUUCUUCAAUAAAGUUGUAUUUAUUCAUUGAUUGAUUCCUCCCCCAGCACAACAUGGACGUUGCCAGUGAUGUGGUGCCAGCGCCAGUGCGCUGUUCUGAGGAGCGCCUGACAGAAGCUGGCAUGUUCCUGCUGGAGAAUGGGCGCUCCCUCUUCCUGUGGCUGGGCCAGGCCUGCCCCCCAGAGCUGGUCCAGAGCAUCUUCAAUGUGCCCUCCCUCGCCCACAUGCCCGCUGACCUGGUGAGGACCAUAACUCCCUUACCCCCAAGCUCAACAGGGGAUGGGGUGUUUCAACACCUUAGAAUACCAUUAGUUCUGAUAUUUUAAAAGUUCAUUCAAGACUGUGUAGAAAGAAUAGCAUAUCACUGUGUGUUUUCCAGCGCUCCCUACCAGUUCUGGAUAACCCCCAGUCUAAGAAGCUGCGUUCCAUCAUUGACUCAUUGCUUGACCAGAGGCCCAGCGCCAUGAAGGUACAGUAUUCAAUAUAUUGGUUACUGUUACUAUGCAUACUUUCCACUGGAUGUCUAAACUACUUUGAUAUAAUUAAAGAACGGUAUCAGUUUGUUGAAUUGGGAAACAAACGUAGCCAUAUUUAUCACACAAGGGCAUAAAUCUUACUUUUAAGCCCUGGGAACAAUAGAAUAUCAUACAUUCAACAGGCUGCCCAAGCUUAUACUGUUUUUCCUGAAAGCAAUUGCCAAAAAAUGUAAGGAGUAGUGAAAUAUUUUGCUGUUGAUAUAGCAUAGUAUUGAUAGUGGACUGAGUCAUUUUGAACAAGCGUUUAAAAAACCUGAAAGCAGUUUGUGCAGGAGUGCGCACCACAGGUCCUCUCGAGGGCUACCAGGUCUGCUGGUUCCAUUCUAGCUGAUGAACGCCUCCAAGAUGCUCAUCAGCUAGAAUGGAAACCAGAAGUGUCUUGUGCCCUGGAGUUAGAGUAAGGUCAUAAGCUGACUCUGUCCCCAUGUCAUCCCCCCCUCCCCCUCCCCUAUAGCUCCUGAUCGUGAAGCAGAAGGACCGGUCUGAGAUGCUGUUCCGCCAGCACCUGGUGGAGGACAAGGGGCUCCACGGUGGAGCCUCCUAUAUGGACUUCCUGUGCUACGUCCACCGCGAGAUCAGACAAGUCCUCACUUAACACCCCCCACUGGAUAUCACCUCUUACAGACUCCAUAGCUGCCUUUCCAACACCCUUUAACCCCUCCCCCUUAUUCCACACAAACCUACAGGACUACCGUUCUCUAUUCUGUCAGAGUAUCAGGAUCUGUGCUCCAGUCUGCUAUGUACAUUUGUCUACUUAUACGAGUCAGUCUGACUUCUUUAAGUCCGCAGAAUUGAUGUACAUUAACAAUUAACUGGUUUCUAUGUAAAUGGAGCAAUGGAUAUAAAAGGAAUUGCUGGGGUUCAGGACCUCCGGACCACAGGUUUGGCCACAUUUGCAACAUUAGACAGUGUUCACUUCGUUUCACAACAUUUACAUUUUAGUCAUUUAGCAAACGCUCUUAUCCAGAGCAACU